CUUUCUAAUCUGAUUUCACAAACAAACCUCAUUCGUCCUGUUUCUGGUAACAAUUGCUUGAUAUUUUCCACAAAGUUUCCUUAGAAUUGUCAUUUUAUAUUUGAUGAGUAACGACUCCAAUUCUUCUCAUCUUCAUUAGCAACAGAGUCAAUUAUAUCCAAUCACAUUUUUCACAAAAGGGUUUGUUUGUGUGUCAAGUUCAAAAAAGAGUCGGGUCUCAAAGAGUUUACUUCAUAUCUCGUGAUCUUCCUUUCCUGCGGUUGAGAGAAAAUUCGCCAAUCGGCUAUUCAUUGACCCGAGUCAUGGCUUCACCCACUGUAUCAACACCAUCAUCGGCUGGUUCACCAGCAGCUCUUGCGCCCGCUCCUCCAGUUCUCGCCAUUAAAACCGAAAACUUAUCAAUCAUGACCACCACGGCGUCAGCAUCUGGGGCUUCUACUCCCACUAUCAUGACGACGAAAGAAUGGGUUAUUCCGCCACGACCGAAACCUGGACGAAAACCUGCAACUGACACCCCACCAACAAAGAGAAAGGCUCAAAAUAGAGCUGCUCAGCGUGCUUUUAGAGAAAGACGGGCUGCCCGAGUAGGCGAAUUAGAAGAACAGCUUGAGGACGCGAAGGAAGAUCAACAAAGGCGUGAGAAUGAUAUGCGAUUGAAGAUUACUAGACUUGAGGCAGAGGUUACCCGAUUCAAUGGCGAACUUCAGUCAUGGAGAUUACGAUGCGAGACUCUUGAUCGAAUUGCAGAAUACGAGAAGAGAGAAAAGGAAACUGCACUCAAGGAACUGGCAUAUCUCAGAAACGGAUUCUCAAGCACAAGCACUGAUGCUGUUCCGCUACCACCCCGCAGGAACCGGCAGUCGACGCAAACCUUACCGACAGUGCCACAACAACAGAGCCCUUUCGUUCCAGAACUUGAGAUACCAAGUGAAAUUGGAUGUGGUGGUUGCAAGUCUACAGAUGAAUGUGCUUGUGUUCAACAAGUAAUUGCUAUGUCUACUCAAGGUUGUGGUAAUUGCAGCCCUGAUACUCAUUGUCCGUGCUUAGAGGAAGCGCUUAAGGAUGCCGGCACAGAUUUGAAGAGAGCACAUUCUCCUACAACUGAUGCUGCUGUAGAAAAACGUGCUCGUUUGUCGUCUAGGCCUUCUACUCCCCUCGAGAUUGACUUUACUGCCCAGUUCUCACGACGACAACCAGUCAUCCGCGAACCAUCACCUCCACCUCAGAUCCUGACACGACCUAUUGAACCAUGUGGCUUCUGUGAUCAAGCAACAUUUUGCCCAUGUGCUGAAAAAGAGCUCGAAAAUCGUCUUGCACCAUUACUGAAUGAAGUCACACCUCCACCAUCAGAUACAGAUAUCGAAAACACGCAGCUUAAACUUCCAUCUAUGCAACCUAAUCAUAUGCAUCGUCCAGUUGCUGCUGCACCAACUUCCAAUUCUUGCGCCAAUGGCCCUGGUACUUGCAAACAAUGUAUGAGUGAUCCCAAGGCGGGAUUAUUCUGUCGAUCACUUGCAGCAAUGAGAGCUUCCUCAAGUUCAGCUCCACCAGAUGGAUGCUGUGGAGGUAACUCUUCUGGUGGUGGCUGUUGCAAGACGAUGGACCCGGCAUCUUCAUCAGAACCACCCCCAAGUUUAUCUGUCGCUGAAACCUACAAAACUCUCUCUACCCAUAAGAAUUUUGAUCAAGCUAGUGAUGAGUUAAAUACGUGGUUGGGCCGUCUCCAUGCUACACCGCUCCAACACGCCGGUAGAGCACCCAUGGAAGUGGAGGCUGCAAGUGUUAUGGGUGUACUUAAACUCUUCGAUCGAAGAUUUGGAAGAGGUUAAGACGACGAUAGUUAUUACUGAAGAUACCUGAUUUUAAUUGCGAUUCAUAAAGAUGAAUGAGUUUAUGUUUUCUUGUCCAUAUUUAUCAGUCUAUGUAUGCAUAAGCAUCAAACAAAAGCAUAAGCGAUUUGACAUUUUUGGAAUUCAUAAUAGCCAGCGACAAGCUUGUAUGUACAUAUCCAGCUCAACAUACCCACUCCAACGUUUCCACAUGUAAUCCUACAAAUGACGGCUGAGAAUAUUCAUC